AUGGAAAAGAAAAAAUGCAAUUUCGAGAUAACAUCUGGAGAUGAAGGAGAUUCGAAGCUUAAGUUUUUGUUUACGGCAUUGACGGCGUGGUACUUGCGAAUGCUCCGGAAGGGCGAGCGCUUGGUGGCUAACGGGUACGUGAGGUUUAUAGGGGCGGAGAAGCUCCGGCGGAAGAUAGAGGAGAAUACGAGUGACGGUAGAGUCGUACUGGCGGAGAUUGAUGAGAAGGCGGUGGUUGUGGCGCCAAUUGCCAUCGCCGGCGGUUGUGCGGUGGGACGCGAGGAAUUGGCGAAGCCCCAUUUGAGAAGAAAUUUCGUGUGUAAUGGACGUCAGGUAGAGCUCAUCCCCUUGUAUUAUUCCAUGUGA